AUGAUGUGGAGUGUCUUGGUUCUCUCGCAAUCCGAAGGCUCUGAGUGGAAACAUAUUGAAGCAGCACCGUACCUAAAAAUAAGAGCUGUUCUAUCUUCUGAUGCGGUAGAGCUCUACUUGAAAUUCUUUGGAUGCGAAGAGAGGAUUGCGUCGUUUUCUCUUUCUGAUCUCAGCGUCCAAAAAAGAUACUCCUCCGUGGCGAUGUUCUUGUCCACACGGAAAGUGCAGAUGAAGCUCCAUAGCUCAAGCGCAGCAGACAGUAUGGCUGAAAAGAUAAGCUAUGUGCAGACAAUGAGAAAGCUUGCAAAUGGCCUAUCUGCUAUUACUCUGAAAUACGCACAGAAUAGCACAGCUAGCCAAUAA